AUGAUGUCUAAUAGACUAUCUCUAUUUAUGAGUAAAAGAUUAUUAAGGUUUUUCUUAUUUGUUUCUGUAGCAUUCCUCUUACUUUUCUUCUUAUAUUUCCCUGAUUCUGAAACUAAUUCAAAGACUAUACUUUCUGCUCCAGAUUAUUUAAGCAAUGACCCAGAUCACUUGGCUUCAUUUUUGAAGUCUCCUCGUCUAAAGGAAAUUCACGAAGAGAAUUUAGAACAUCUUGCACAAGUGGAGAAAUUAAAACAGUUGAAAUACCAACAAGAACUAGAACAACAACAUCAAAUGAUGGAACAUGAAAAAUAUCUACAGGAGCAGAGAAAAAUACAUAAAGAUCCAAUAAAAGAAGAAGAACAAAAUCAAGAAAUUCUAAGAGAUUUAGUUAAUUUACAAUUUUCUUCUAAUAAAGACAAGAAAAAAAAUACUAAUAGACAAGAUUCAAAAAAUGUUAAUAUUAAUUCAGAGAAGGACGACAACAAAGAGGAUAUGGAUGCCAUGAGAGAACUUACUCCAUUUACAAGCAUAGGUAAAUAUAAUACAGAUCCAAAAUUCAACGAUACAAUGGAAUAUAUUAGACAGUAUUCGGGUAAACCUGGUGCAAAACCUAGAGCUACAUUUCUAACACUCUUAAGGAAUGAAGAUGCUGAUGAUAUGGUUAGAACAAUUAUGAAUUUCCAAAGAAAAUUUAAUGACAAGUUUGAAUAUCCAUGGAUAUUUUUAAAUGAUGAGGAAUUUGAUACAUCAGUUAAGGAGGUUUUACAAAAGACAGCUCCAUCUAUUAAAAUGAUUUUUGGUACAAUUCCCAAGGAACACUGGUCUUACCCACAUUGGAUUGAUCAAGAUAAAGCUGCUCAAGGUAGACAAAAAUUAACUGAGAUGGAUGUCAUAUAUGGUGAUUCUGAGUCUUAUAGACACAUGUGCCGUUACCAAAGUGGGUUCUUUUGGAGACAUGAAUUAUUAGAUGACUAUGAUUGGUAUUGGAGAGUGGAGCCGGAAACAAAUCUACACUGUGAGGUCUCUUAUGAUGUUUUCCAGUGGAUGCAGGAUAAUGACAAGAUGUAUGGAUUCACUUUAUCUAUUCAUGAAUUUGAAGCAACUGUAUCAAGUUUAUGGACUUCAGUAAAAAAAUUUUUUAGAGCUAACCCUUCAUAUAAGAAUGAAUAUAAUCUAAAAAAAUUCAUUAGCAAUGAUGGAGGUGUUACAUAUAACUUAUGUCAUUUCUGGUCAAAUUUUGAAGUUGCCAACCUUCAUCUUUGGAGAUCACCUGCAUAUCGUCAUUUCUUUGAUUUUUUAGACCGUGAAGGUGGGUUUUUCUAUGAAAGAUGGGGUGACGCUCCAAUUCAUUCCAUUGCAGCAUCUAUGUUUUUACCCAAGGAAAAAAUCCACCACUUUAAAGACAUAGGCUACCAUCACCCACCAUACAACAGUUGUCCAAUUGAGGAUAAGAUUUACAAGAGCAAUAAAUGUGAUUGUGAUCAAGAUAAGGAUUUCACCUUCCAUGACUAUGCUUGUGGCCAAGAAUUUUAUGCAGCUCAAGGAAUUGAGAAACCUAUCAAUUGGCGACGUAAUGUGGGGAAAUGGUAA